UAAUAACCAAAAUAAUAUUUGACAACUGACAAGAAAACAAAAUAAGCUACCAUAUAAAAUAGCAAUUAAAUGGAUUUGGAAAAGGAAUAAAGGCAAGUAAAAGCGCAAACGCAAGCUGUAAUCUAAGCCGUGGAAAGCACCAAUUCAACCAUCAGCCAACGGUCACCAUCUCUUCUUGCCAACAAAACGUGAAAAAACAAAACCAGAAACUAUAAUGCUUUGGGGUAGAUUCUUUUCCGUGAGCGGCGGUGCAUUCGGAACGCAGAAAGAAAAACGAAAAAAAAAUUUUGGGAAACAGAAAACAGCGCUGUUAAAAGAGUAGGUGUGGUUGAAAAUUUUUGGUGAUUUGUUCAAGCUCAUUGGCGGAGUUUCCUAUAAUCAAAAGCUGAAAAAGCGGCCAUUUUUCUUAUAUAUUACGCGCUUCAUUUAAGCCAGCUCUCUCUCUGUUCAGAUAUCAAGGCUAGGUGUUGACACUUUUCCUUCCUUUAUAGUGUGAGAUGGCUACAACAUCAGCAACUACCUUCUUGAUUGGAUCAACUGUCUCCUUUAGAAGCAGAGGGAGCCUACUUCCCCAAACAAAACCUUUUGCUGUAAGGUUCACCUCCCAUAAUUUACUUGCAAGUUUCUGUGGUCUCAAGGCAGCAACAUCUGUGAACUGUGAAUCCGUAUCCUCCUUCCUAGGCAAUGAAAGCAGUGCAGCUCUUAGAGGCUCUUUUGCACUAAAAGCACAGAAAGCAAACCAGAGGCCUCAGUAUGGCCUACAGCCUCUGGCAACUUACAAAGUGGCAAUACUUGGAGCUGAUGGAGGGAUAGGUCAGCCAUUGGCACUUCUAAUCAAGAUGUCCCCGCUAGUUUCAGCCCUGAACCUCUAUGAUAUAGAAAAUGUCAAGGGAGUUGCUGCUGACCUCAGUCACUGCAAUACUCCAUCUCAAGUUCUGGAUUUCACUGGUGCUUCUGAAUUAGGAAAUUGUUUGAAGGGUGUGAAUGUAGUGGUUAUUCCUGCAGGAGUUCCAAGAAAGCCUGGUAUGACUCGUGAUGACCUCUUCAACAUCAAUGCCAACAUUGUGAAGACCUUGGUCGAGGCUGUAGCUGAUAACUGUCCUGAUGCCUUCAUCCACAUUAUUAGCAAUCCAGUUAACUCUACAGUACCAAUUGCUGCUGAAGUUCUGAAGCAGAAGGGUGUUUAUGAUCCAAAGAAGCUUUUUGGUGUUACCACAUUGGAUGUUGUGAGAGCUAACACAUUCGUUGCUCAGAAGAAAAACCUUAAGAUUAUUGAUGUGGAUGUUCCAGUUGUAGGCGGACAUGCUGGUAUCACCAUUUUACCCUUGCUGUCAAAGACGAAACCCUCUGUUAGCUUUACUGAUGAAGAAGUGGAGCAAUUAACUGUGAGGAUUCAAAAUGCUGGGACAGAGGUUGUGGAGGCGAAGGCAGGUGCAGGGUCUGCCACCCUGUCCAUGGCCUAUGCAGCUGCAAGAUUUGUUGAAUCAUCCCUUCGUGCUCUGGAUGGAGACGGGGAUGUCUAUGAGUGCUCUUUUGUGCAGUCAGAUCUGACUGAUCUUCCAUUCUUUGCAUCCAGGAUCAAGCUUGGAAGGAAAGGGAUUGAAGCUUUGGUUCGAUCUGACCUUGCAGGGUUAUCUGAGUACGAAGAGAAGGCUUUGGAAGCUCUUAAGCCAGAGCUGAAGGCCAGCAUUGAGAAGGGAAUUGCAUUUGUGCAGAACCAACCGAUCACUGCUUAAAACUAAAGUUUUUGAAGCUCUAACCUCCUCAAAAUAAUGUUUAAGAGAGAGAUAACUAAGUCUGGUGAUUUUGUUCGAUUUCUCCCUUCAUCAGUACUCUCAGUUUUGUAGAAUGGGAAGUUUUUUAGUUUCCUUUUCCAAUGAUGAUCACAGAGCAGGAAAUUUAAAGGGUAUUUUGGUGCUGUAGAUGAGAAGAAUGUAAUCAUUUGUUAGAGUUUGUUACAUUACUUUUAUUACUGUAUAAUUGAGUGCUAAAUUCAACUUUCUUUAAUACUAAUGAUAAGAUUUUUGUUGAUAGCUUCA